UAGGUUCUGUCACGAACAAUUAACCUCAGUGUAAAUGAUCUCUGUUUUCAGUGUGAUGCAGCUCAGGCUUACAGCAAACAGGGACGGAUUGGGUUUCUCACUAGAGAGAAGGGAGAGUGAUUGUGUAUUAUUAAUGACAAAGACUAAAAAACAGUGAAUGGAUGAAUAAAGUGAGACAUUUACAGCACAGUCUUUGUCUGGACUGGACUCAGACUAAUUUGCUGAUGUCUGAACUGGCCGUUGUCCAUCUGAGCCGUGUUCUGCUGCCUCGGGCCUCUUGCAUAAGGCCCGCGGGCUUUCUUUGCUCCUCCACCACGGCCGUCCACCGGCAUUUGACUCACGGCCGCUGCCAACAAUAACUGCUGGAGCCCGUUUCAGACGUCUUGUCUUUUUACGGGACUGCGCUUGCCAAAAUGUUUGACUCAGAGCCGUGAGCGCUUCGGGAGGCGAGGACUGACAGCGACAGCUCAUGGUGACCUCAGAGCCCAGCUGAUGUGAGGCUCUCUGUCCACGCGGGGAGUGGUGGACGGACCGGAGGAUAGAUUUGGUUUUAUUUUGUUGGACCAGACAGAUUUUGUUGGUUGUUGUUACUAAUAAACAGGACAGGGGAGAGACACUACUAAUAACAGUGUGACAUUAGGAUUGAUUUUUGCUGGUUGAUGCUGGUUAACACUAUUCAGCAGUGCCUGUUUGCGUGCAUGUGACCUAUACGAUGUACUGUAUUACACGUACAUUACAUCAGCGCUGAACUGAGGGAGCAGUGACGUUUUUGUGUUAUGUUUAUGAUUGACAGUCACAUUCCAGAGCAGCUGCUUGGCCUGAACAGGAUAGAAAGCAGAGCCCCCCCCACACACACACACACGCCCCCACGUCACAUCCUCGAGACACGAGUGUGGUGGUUUUACGAGCUGAACGCCAUCUCCAAACCUCGGCCUGCAUGUCGUCUGCUGGCUGAUCUCCUCCCCUGAGAAUGAAUAGAAUGUUCCAGCCACGGCAGCGUAUUGUUGCUAUGAAUAGACGCGCUUCGAAAUGGGUCAAUUUAUUGUUAAAGCACUCAUCUGUGCAGUGCGUUGCCAGAAGCCAAGUGUAUGUAAGCAUGCUGUCAUCCAGCCACUGAUUUGUCUCUGGAGAGAUGCCCUCAACCAAAUGGCUUCUUGUUUGUAGGAGGAAAUGUGGGGCAGACAACGAGCUGAGCUCACGCUUGGAUUUCCAUUUCAUUCACUACAAAUCACACGUUUUUUUUUUUAAAUGCCCUUGAAUUAGCUGGUGAUUUACAAAGUGAGAAUCGUCUAUAAUAUAAUAAUCCCCUAUAAUAAGAAAGCACUACGUCUGCUUUUAUCACAGCAUGUGAACUGUUCCACUCGCCGCAGCUUUAAUGACCCCUCUCUCGUAUCGAACGUGAUGUGGCUUGUUGCACUGAGGACUUAGACACUUGAAAGUACAGACUAUAAACUGGAGGAGGCGAGUGAAAACGUUCCUUUGUCUCACGGAUUAAGCCGGAGGAAAACACACAGUGAAGCACUCAGUCAACCACUGAAAGUAAAGUCAGUAUUCAUUGUGGACACGACAGGAAACUACUAGACACGCAAACGCAACGCAGGUUUUAUAGAGGUUGAUUAAGUGAAAGAAAUAAUGGCUAUUAGCAAUAAUCUAAUAAAUCAAGUGGAGUUCCACAUGCCAUUUAUUGUGAUUGUACAAUAAAGUUUAAUUAUGUGUUAUUGGUUUAAUAACAGCUGCCAGGGUUUACAACUUGCUGAAAACACACAGCAUGAGGCAUCGUGUCAUUGCAACGAUUCCUCUUGUAUGAUGCAAACACGUUUUGGACUCAAAUGUUCCCACGUCGUAGAGGGUUCUGUGAGUUUGUGCCUCAGAUCACCUCGGAUCUGAACCGCAGGUCCGUGUCCUCCGUUCCGAACGGAAAGCAGAUUUUAUCAUGUUUUAUGGGUCAGUAACACGGCGUAGACUUUGUUAAUGUUGUAAAUGACCCUCAUAAACGUCCAGUGCUCCGGUGACACGUGUUCGCUAGCGUUCGCGUGUCACCACAGUUUGACAAAUUAUAUUUCAUCAAAAGGUUUGAGGAGACGUUGGAGGCUACGUUUUAAAAAGCUGUUCCCAGCGAAGCCUCCGCAUCUCGUCAUCUCAAUCAUCUUGGCCCGCGCCCUCGAUGACAUAUGACUACAGAAAUGCCUGGCGUCAAUAGUGGUAGUCUGCGAUGUCACCAUGCGCGUAUGUGAAGACAUGGGCAUGGGGCAGACAGAGAGGCCACUGGCUUUGGACAAUGGCCUCCCAGUGUCUAGCCUCAAUGCCAUUAUUCAUAUCGAUUAAUAAUCUCCACUGUUUUCCCAAAGCAUUGGCAUCUUGGUGAGAAUGGCUUCAUGCUGUGUCAAUCCUGGAGCUUUUGUACCCAUUGAGUGUCCACUGUUUGGCCACGGGGUCGUGGAAGCACAACCCUUGAGUGAGGGAACUUAGCGGAGCUCCGGAUCAGACGGUGGCGUAGUCGGGUUCAGAGCCUGGAGAGCUUUAUGGACGUUGCUGAGGGGAACACACAUCUUUAAGGAUGCUGAGCUGAGUAUGGGAACAGCGGAAAGCACAAAGAGAAAACUAAAGUCAGAUAACGCGAGCGCUGCACAGAGGGAGCCGCACUCCUGCACCAGCAUGGCGGACCACAAAGACAACAUAGACGACUUUAAAGUCCAGACGGCCAAGCAUCCGAACAUGGGCCCGGCCCCUCUACGGCCGCACAGCGAACAGUCCCGGGACCGCGCGUCCAAGCGGCUCUCCACCGAGUCCAACGGCACCAGCGAGGGCGGCUCGUCCACGCCGGUGGAGGUGACGGCGCUGGAGGAGUCCUUCCGCCGCUUCGCCAUCCACGGCGACACCCGCGCCACCGGCAAGGAGAUGCACGGCAAGAACUGGUCCAAGCUGUGCAAGGACUGCGGCGUGAUCGACGGCAAGAACGUCACCCUCACCGACGUGGACAUCGUCUUCAGCAAAGUCAAGAAGAAAUCCAGUCGCACCAUCGUGUUCGACGAGUUCAAGGUCGCCCUGGGAGAGCUGGCCCGGAAGAAGUACAAGGAGAAGCCCGGAGAGGAGGCCGAGGCCGAGGUCUUCAAGCUGAUCGAGGGGAAGGGACCCAUCAUCGCAGGAGUGACGAGAGCCGUGGCCUCGCCCACCGUCAGCCGCCUCACGGACACCACCAAGUUCACGGGGUCGCACAAGGAGCGCUUCGACGACACCGGCCGCGGGAAGGGCAAGGCGGGACGCGUGGACAUAGUGGACACAUCCGGAUACGUCUCGGGAUACAAGCACCAAGGGUCGUAUGAAAAGAAGGUCACCAAACCCACUGUGGGCAAACCCAUGUGAAGGCAGAGACAGGGAAACAAACAUUUGGUCAAUUUUCUAUUAGAAAGAAAGCACAAAAGUAUAUUUUCCCACCCGCCUAGUUAGUGAGUGUGUGUGUGCGUGUGUGUGAGAGAGAGAUCUUUUUUCAGUUCCUCUCUUUGUGAAGUGUGAGAACUGGAAAACUGUUUACAUCUAUUUUUACGAAGUCAUCACCAGCUGGUACAUUCCUGCCCGAUACCAAGUAACUGCCAAACACUGAGGAGAACAAGCAAAGAACCUGCUACGUUAUGAAUAUGAAGCUUUGUUGUUAUGAUAGGGCCUUAGAAUAUUUGUUGAGCACAAUAAACAACAUGCCAAGAAAAACAAGAGUCUGAUGAAUUAACAACAAUGCACUUUUUACAGGUAAUGUUUCUGCUCGCAUUUAGCUGAGGAAACACAUUUUUAAUCCGUUUCCAUAACAUUGUGACAUAGACAUGAUCAGCGUUUGUUUUUUUCAUUUUUAGUGUUGUCGCCAUUCCCUACUUGUCAACGGUCUUAAUGAAAUCUGCUGUCCGUUUAUUCAGUUCACGUUUAAAUACUUUGCCUUCAGCUCAAAUUGAGAAGUUUCACACCUGCCAUAUCUUCGUGUCAUUGUCUUGUUUUGGAGUUCUACCAUUCAAGUCUUUGAAAUUAGAAAAAAUGAAGGAUUGUCCCCCUCACCUUCAUUCAGACAUUAUUAAUGUUUCUUUUGCCAACAUGCAUUCUGAAUAUGAAAUUAGUGAAUUAAGCUGAGGCUUUACCACAGUAGAUGCGAUCAGUUGUGCAAGAUUGUAUUUUUAACAUUGUACUAAUAUUUCCUCAACAGAUUUCUAUAAAUAAAUUCAUAAUAAUUAAUAUAUUUGUGGUAGGAUUGUGUACAUGUAUAUUCUAAAACGUUUGAGCCACUUGGCUUAACUUAUGACACUGGCUUCAUGUUUUUUUUUUGUUUGACUUGUUCUGUAUUGCUGUACUUUGUGCAUGUUAUGUAUACUGCAUUUGAUUCAGAAGCAUCUAGUUUGUCGCAUCUUACCAGAACUGCUGUGAUGACAAACUACUGGACAAGCAUUGUUAUUUUAAAGCUAAAAAAAUAUAUCUAUUAUGUGAUGCAAUUGUGGGAUCAUGAGAAAAUCUUGUAUUGCUUGAAAUCAAUAUGUAUCAACUUGUACAUGUACAAAGUCAGCUACCCUGUAACGCUAUACUAUUUGUCUGACGAUACAGAUUUAAGUAUAUUUAAUGUGUGGUGCUGUCAAUUGAGGCACAACUUCAACCUUAUACAAGAGCAGGGAUUCAUUGUAUGGGACAAAGGGAACAUUUCAGAACAAGAUACUUUUGUAGAAUAGCAUUUUUCCAACAUAGUGACAAUGUUUGUGCCACACUUGUCAUAUACUACCUGUAGCCUCAGCUAAUAUUCAAAAGAAUCGUGCAUAAAAUGCAAAGCUAGCAGCUAUCUGUGUGUUAGUCUUUGUCUACCGCAGUAGCUUGAAUAUGAUCUAUUUUCUGUGCUUUAUGCCAAAUAUUGUGCACCUUUAAUGUGGAAGAACAAUAUUGUCUUUUUUUUAUAACUUCUAAUGUGCUAUUGUGCCCCAGUGCAUGCAGUGUGUUUCAGUUCAUGUUCUCUAGACCUUUAAUGUGUGUUCAUGAUUUGUAGUGCAUUACUGCGAAUAAAACAACACACCCCAGACUGUGUGUUGACAAGGUUAUGGGGUGUAAGUCAAAAUAUAA